GUGUUGGUUUCGAGAGAGACACCCAGGGACAAGAUCAGAUCAGAAAUUUGGAGUUUGAGUACAACCAUACGACUUUGAGAUUCCCGAUGUAUUACGAGCUGAUUGAGAAAGCUCGGAGAAGGAACUGAUUUGCCGCAAUCAAGGGUUCUACUUUGCCUUUAUGGGACGGUAACUUAACGUUAUGAUGGCAAAUACAGAGCCUAUCACACAACCAUUAGGUGCAGAUGUUAAGCCCAUGGACUAUUCUGAAAUUAAGAUGAAGACACAAAGAGAAAUCUAUGGGGAACAAAAGCUUGAGUCUAUCACACAACCAUUAGGUGCAGAUGUUAAGCCCAGGGACAAUUCUGAAUAUAAGAGGAAGAGACAAAGAGAAAUCUAUGGGGAACAAAUGCUUGGUUUUAGUGAGAUUGUACAGCAAUACAAGUUGGCUGUCAAACAGAAGUAUGAGAGUGAGUGGAGCUUUGUGUCUGGUAAACAAGAGUCAUUUGCUGACCUCUUUAUUGAACCAGUGAUCAUUCAGAAAAACGAAAAUGACGUCUUUAAGAACAUCAGUGUGAGUGAGAUUUUCCAGUUCUGUGAUCCAGUGAGUGUAAUUCUCCAAGGCAACACUGGCAGUGGCAAAUCCUUCAUAGCACAAAAGAUUAUGUUGGACUGGGCAUCUGAAAGGUUACACUGGUGUUUUGAUCUAGUUUUCUAUCUGAGGUGUGAAGAGCUGAUGUGUAUAUCUGAGGAGAUGAACUUAAUUGAUCUCUUGAGCUACAGCUGCAGUUUAACAUCUGAUCAGAUCUCAAAGAUGUUACAGCAGUCACCAGAGAAGGUGCUUUUCAUCAUUGAUGGAUUUGAUGAACUGAGACUCACAGAACACAUUUAUGGCAUGUCGGCAAACACUGAUCUGCUUCAGAAAGCCCCACCUGAGGUCAUUCUUUGUGGCCUCAUUAGGAGGUACCUCAUCUCUGAGUCCACACUGCUGGUCACUACCAGAACUAAGAACACUGUGAACAAGCUGCUGAACGGACAAAAGCGUUUCUCUGAGAUCAUGGGCUUUUCUGCAAGUCAAGUGGACGGGUACUUCCAGAAGUUUUUCAGGACAGAGUAUGACUGUGUGAAAGCAAAUAAAUCCCUCUUCACUGCCUGUUCCAUACCUGUUAUCUGCCGGAUCAUCAGUGAGAUGUUCAGAGUUGGUGCAGAUGUAACAAGUGGACUGGAAACCAACACCUCCAUCUAUGUUGACUUCGUGUGCACUCUACUGGAGCAUCACUGCCAGGGUUUGAGUCAGUCCGUCCCGACCCUACUGAGGAGUCUGGGUCAGCUGGCAGAGAGAGGGAUGCUGGAACAGCAGGUCCUGUUGGAUGAGAAAACUGUCAAUGAAACAGUUUCAGUCCCUUAUCCAUUCUUGUCUAAGUUCCUCAUUAAGAGAAUGAUCCACCAGGAGACGAUGUUCAGUUUCAUGCAUCUCAGCUUUCAAGAGUUCUUCACUGCUCUGUACUGUGUCCUUCUGGAUGAAGAAGAGUCCCAGAGGAAAGUGAGAGAGCUGCUUCACACUGUAGAGAGAGGAUGGGCUCUGUCCUGUUGGUCUGAUAAAGACUUUUCAAAGGCAGAUGUAGAAGUUAGACGCGCAAAGUUUCUGCAGCCUGUGAUUCUGUUCCUCUGUGGUCUCUGUAACACAGAAUGGAUCCACUCAUUUUUUAAAAAGCACAACAUGACUGUCUCUAUUAACAUAGAAACCCAGCUAAAGGAAUGGCUCAAUCUGUGCUCAAAGAGAUAUCAAAAUGAACACAUGCUGUUCAUUCUCCAUUGUCUCUAUGAGCUCCAUGAGAAGAGCUUCAUCGGGAAUGUUUUGCAAGGUUUGAAUUUGAUAGAUCUGUCAAAUAUUCCACUGAAAAGGACAGACUGUUGGGUGUUGAAGUACUGUUUACAGUGCUGUGAACACAUCAGAAACCUGAAACUCCAUGUAACAUCUGAAGAUCUGAAGAUGCUUCAGCCUGAACUGUUCCUCUGUAAAGAGCUGUGGUUGAUGGUUGAUUGUAUUUCAGACGAUGUUGUUGGUUUGAUCUCAGCUGCUGGUAAAGGGAAGAUUCUGAAUAAACUCAAUAUAAAAAAGCCUGAAAUCCGUGAAAAAGUAUUUUUCCCAGAGAUCACUGUGUCAGUCAGAGAUGAAGACAUCAUGUUGUCUUUUGGCAGAUCAGUGUUUGCAUCAUCAAACACAAAAUUGACUCUAACCUGUCCAAGCUCAGUAUUUUCUACCAUCAAAUGGUUUGUAGAAUUGUACAUUUAUCAAUUUGGGGAUUUAAGGAAAAUGGAAUUGGGUCUGUUUAAUUUCCUGAAAUCAAUGUUUGAUUUGAAGAAAGUCUUUAUGCAGUUUUAUGAAUGUCCAAUGCCUGGAUUUGCCUCUGAAAUCCAGUCUCUCAUUCAGGCCUGUCCCAGUCUGACUGAAGUCAGGAUUAAAAUUUCAGAAAAAUCCCAGACAUUCUUGAAGCCCCUGAAGGAAUCAUUGAAGCAGAUGGGUUGGACUCUGACUGUCAGGGGAAAUUCCGUGUUGAUCAACCCAGAUGGGAAGAGUUUCACAGUGGAGAAUCUAAAGAUGAAGAGAGAAAAGAGUGAGAGAAGAAAAGGAGAGAGUUCAGCUGGCUCUUGCUCAUUAAAAGCUGAAUUAUCAGAACAAUCAUCCUCAGACAAUGCAGAUGUGUUCACACCUGAACUACUUCAGGAAGAUGAUGAGGAAAAACGCAAGAAUACAUACAGGUUUGUGUGUCCACAUGCUGGUCAGUUUCGUUGCAGUCUGACCAGCCUUGUGUUUGUGAUGGAGGGUGAAGGAGAGGUGCUGUAUAAAACAGUCUCAUGGGAUCCUCGUGUGUUAGAUGGUUUGGGUCAGAUUCAGCCAGCCGGACCCUUGUACGACAUUGACUGUUUUCAUGGUUCGGUCUCACAACUGCACUGUCCACACUGUGAAAUAUUCUCUGAAGAAAAUAAGGAUGGUUUGGCUGUGGCACAUUUUGUUGGUGGAAAUGUAGAAAUAAUACAGCCACUCAAAGUAACAGAAACUCAUGUGGUGAUUGAGAUCAGAGAACUCAGCAGUUAUGGCCUUGUCUGGAUAAAAAGUAUACUUGGCAUCCCUAUUAGAGGCCAGGUUUUGCUCUUCCUUCGAAAUCUAACUCUUGAAAGGAAACAACUAAAUGUUCACCUGCUUCCCGGGAAUGUUCCAGUAUCAGAGGUCCAGAGCAGGCACCGGGAUAAAAAAUACGUUGAGACAAGUUCAAAAUGUCACCUGAUUGCUUACCAAAAAUACAGUCUGUGUUGUCAGCCAGAGGAAUGUGAAGUGCAACCAUUGACUGAGAUGUUUGAGUUUGAUAAUUUUGGCCAAAACUAUCAUCCAACAUUUGAAGUGUUUCUGGAUGUCAACAUUAAGGAGGUCAGACUGGGUAUUUUGGACAAAACCAAAGGUGGAAAGGAAGUGUGGAACAGACGGCGAAUCUUUCUUACAGCACCAAGUAAAGCUGAAGAACCUUCUGAACACAGAAGGAUCUCAGAAACUGAAUUUGUGAACACACACGGAGAUGAACUCAUUCAGAGAGUUUCAUCAGUGAUGGCGAUUGCUGACAGUUUGAAAAGCAAACACAUGAUUACUAAUGAAAUGUGGAGAAAGAUUAAUGCUGCAGAACCACAGCAGAAAAUGAGACUCUUGUUGGAGGCUCUGGACUCAGGAGGAGCUUCUGUAAAAGCAGAAUUCUACAAACUGCUGAAGGAGAAUGAACCUUUUCUAGUAGAUGAUCUGGAGUCUGGACACAGUGGAUCAUCACCACAUGCUGAGAGUAAGCUUGAGGCGUAAAAAACAGCUCUGUUGUUUUUAUACUCAGUGGUGAAAUGUAACGAAGUACAAAUACUUUGUUACUUAAGUACAUUUUUCACGUAUAUUUACUUUACUUAAGUAGAAUGAAUAGCGCAUACUUUUUACUUUUACUUCGUUACAUUUUGCAGCAAUUAUUAUACUUUCUACUCCACUACGUUUCUACAACUUCUGUUACAUUUUCAUUACAUUUUCUGAUCAGUUUUUCCCCUGCUAAAACGUAAUCUGAAUGUCCGUCCGUUGCACGUUUGUCUCACCAGUGACGUUUGCUUGCCAUAGAGCCUCCAUUUUUGCACUCAGGUCUAAGUCCCAUGGCCCUCUAUCAGAAUCCAGAGUUUCAAGAAGAUUGGAGAAACUUAUUUUUUCGCACAAAAAAAAAA